AUGGCAGACAAGCAGACGCAGAGGAAAGCUGCGGUUUACCGGAGUGUCUCUUUCAAAAAGUUGCACAAUUGGAAGGCCAAUAAAAGCAGUCCGGGAGCCGAGGAUCAGCGCCACGGCUCGAAGGAUUUGGAGACUGGAGGAGCCCUUCCCCCUCCGGCUGCACAGCCCUCGGAUAUGCGCAGUGCUGCUGUGGCUAGAAAAGUUUCCAAAAUUUCAGCAGCCAGCCUCUCGAGGGCAGAGCUGAAGAAGGGCUCCACUCAUACCAUUUCACCCUCAAUCCGCCAGCUCUCAGAAAAGUUUGGAACAAACACAAAUUCAGGCAGCACUUCAGUCCUUCAGUCUGCAGUUUCCAAUAGGAUUAGAUCUCCGGAUGGAUCGUCUUCCCAGGACAUUUCAGGAUGUUUCCCUGAUCAGAACAAAGAUCUUUCAGGAACCCUGACCAACAAACUUUUGGAUCAUAAGUGUCAGGAAUCCGUCUCUGGUUCGGAUUCAGACGCAGGUCAUAAACGGAGGGUUCGAAAGAUCGGAGGUGGCAUAAAGGCAGGAAUUUCGACAUGCAAGUCUCAUCGCCGCCAUCGCUCUUCCCAAGGUGAAACUAUUCAUGUUGAUUCAAGCUGGCCAAGCGUUACAAAAAUUAGAGAGCUUUUUGGGGAUGGUCACAAAACGAAGCACAAGUCAAUGUCGGAUGGAGAGGACUUGAGAUCUGAUGACUAUCGCCAUCACGGUUCAUACAGCACAAAAGACAGUAACACGUCCUCAGACAAGAGCGACAGGCAGUCGCCACUGCAGCCAAGAGGACACUGGCAGGAUACAAACAGCUCAGACCAUGAUGCUAACAAACAGCAGGGUAUGGACUCUGAUUUUAGCACAGAAAAGCAUUCUAAUGAAGGUGAUCUGAGCGCUGUGACAAGAAGACUGCCAACGGAUAUAAGUAGAGUUGAGACUCACAAAAGUGGCAGAAAGGGCUGGACAGACAGUGACCUCCGACCCACUCCACCCACUCCUCCACCUCGCAGUAGUUCUGUUGCACUGCCUCUCAGGUCCCAUUCGUGUGCUUACAGUGAGCAGUUGCAGGAGCAGAGACAGAGGGCGAAGCAGCCACAGCCAUCAGAUAGUUUGCAUUCCUCACAUAGCUCCUCAAAACCACAGACGGGCUCCUCCGUGGAAUCGGUCAGCACUCGUGAGAGAUUGAGCUCUGGAGAAGAGGAGGACGAAUCUGGAGGGCAGACAGGUAGAAAAGCACUCUCAUUUGUGCACAGCAGUGAAGGAAUUGGCACACAUAUUUCAAGGAACAAGCAUGAUGCCUGGGCCAAACUCCCUCAUAGGUCUUCAGGUAGUGAGGAAGACAGCCCAGCUGGAUUAGCUCAUCAAGUUCGACGUCGUUCUUUGAGGAAAAAGAAGAAAAGUAAUUGUAGUAGAGAGAAUGAGGAGUCUGAUGACAGUGACGACCAGCACGUAAUGAUGGAGCACCUCGAGCGCCACCAGCGUUCAUGUGAUUCCCAAAUGGAGGGACGUAGGCUUGACAGCUUGCGGUCUAAGGCUUGCUUUAGUGGGCAGAUGUGGGAGAGAGGGAACAUAGCUCGAGGUUCGUCUGUGGUACAGGACAGUUAUAAGCACCUAUGUAAAGCUUCUGAGGGACAAGUUGGCACCGGUAAUGUCCCGUUUGUAUCACGCGUGUCAAAGGUAACCAUUCCCUCAUUUCUCUCCACCCCCUUGGGGUCACGCUGUAGCAGCAGAUAUUCCAGCACUGAGACUCUAAAGGCUGAAGAUCUUGUGAGUUCAACGUCUAGCAGAGCCUCAUCUUCUGUCCUAAGCAAAACAUAUCAUGGCAAUGCUACUAUGUACCGCUCACCUAGUUUUGGCCAUGGAGACAAUUUUUCUCGGGCCCCUGUCCGUGUUCGUCCCCGAGUGCUGCCUAGCUUGAAUCAAGGAGAAGGCAUUCCUAAAGCUGCAGAAAACAGACUUGGUCGCCGUUCUGUCAGUCAUGAAAAAGAUAAAGACAGAAUAUCCAUGUCAAAUCCUGAUAUUACUUCAGAAACAUUGUCACUGCUGAGUUACCUGAAAACUGAUUUAUCAGAGUUAAGAAUGAAGAAGAGAGGCCAAGAAGGUGAGGAAAGUCUGAACUCCAGCUUUCAGGGUGUCCAAAGUGCAUCAACUAUGUACAAAAUGGGCUCAAGAACCUCAGCGUUGAACUCUAGACGGCCCUCACUAAAGGACCUCACUGCAACAUUGAGGAGAACCAAAUCUUUCACUUACUCAGAGAAACCAUUAGGGUCAGCUGUGAGGAGUUCCUCUGAGCAAAGACUGGACCAUGAAAGUGAUGGAGAUCGAGUAGUCAUUUCUGAUAGAGAGGUGGAAAGUGAUGAUUGUAGAGGUUGUUAUGACUAUGAAGAGCCAAUGCCAACCCCUCUACAAGAUCGCUACGUUCAAGAAGCAAGACAGGUAAUAAGGGAUAUUUGUCAAAUGAGUGCUAACAAGGAUUAUGAUGAUGAUGAAGAUGAUGAUGAUAUUUCAGGGUUUAAAAGAAAUGGAAAUGUUGACAUGGUGGAAGAUAAAGAAAUUAAUAAGAUGAAGCAAGUGGAGGAGAUGGAUGGACAGAUUGUAGAUACUGUAAACAAAAAACAGGCUGAUCUAGAAAGUGGAAAAUGUUUACCUAGGGGAAAUUCAGAGGAGAACAUGUUUGUUGAUAAGUCAUUGGAUGAACUUUCAGGACAUGAAUCAAGUCUGACAGAUGAAGGAAUUGUCACAGAGCCGGAGGCUGGCUCAUAUGGAGGGCUGCCCUCUGGAACCGACUUGCUAGGCCAGACGCUUACUGUUUGGACUCAGUCUGGACUGUAUGAGGAACAGUCACCCAAUCUGACACCGGAGAAGUCUCUUUCCACUCCUGUCCCAUCUGUCAGGACAGAAUAUGAGGCAGUAGCUAUAGGAGGAGAUGUAAGCAUCAGUAAAAAUGUUAACCAGGCUUCUUCAGAGGCUCCGCCUACUCCCAGCGCUCUUCGAAGACGGAGAAAAUUCUCCUCAGCUGCCAAUAAUGGCUCAGAUUCCAGCAAUGGCAGUAAUGGGGAGUCAAAUGGUGAGUCUGCAUACCGCUCUCUCAGUGAUCCCAUGCCACAUCGAAGUCGCUCGGUGGCAGAGGAUGGCAAUAACAGCUUUUCUGUGGACAGCAACCUACUUGGCUCACUCUCUCUAAACUCAAAGGUGGGUGUAAGUGCAGAUUCUUCUGCAGCGGAUCUGUCGGAGUGUACCGGCAGUGCAGCUAGUGACCUGUCAGUGUAUAGUGACUCUCUGCGAGAUUACAGCACUGUGAUACAGAGCAUAGUGCAUGAACCCGGUGCAAUGGACAAGCUCAUUGAUGAGAAGGCAAAUGGAAAAGCAGUGAAAAAGAAGAGCUUUAGUGACCCCAGCAGACGGGGAGAACUGGCUUCUCCAGCACUUGAAGUCCAGAAACAUCCUAAGGAACCUAUUAACGAGUUAGAGCAGCCCAUUCCUCCUUCCAGCAGUGAGCCAAUCUUGUCGGAGCAAAGAGAUGAGCUGUGGGAGCUGAACAGUGAGCAAUGUCAGCGGUAUUCCAACAGGAGGUCUCGAUCCCAAUCAGAGCAUGUUUUGCCCUGCCACCUUGACCGCAAUGGAGUUAAUAAAUUGGGAAACGAGGAGCCAAAGUUGCCCUUUGACCCAAAGCUGGCCCAGGUUUUGUCUCCCUGCAUAAGUCGUCGCGGUUACAAGAAACGUACACACCGAGUCACCCAUCAACAGUCUUGUGAUGAUGGGGACCAAUUAGAGGAGCAGCAAGAGGAUCAAUCCUAUGAAGAUCAUCUGGAUCCUUCCAAGUCCAUCCUGCCUCAGCUUCCUGCACCUAAAGUAAGGCCCAAACAUGUACGCCAUGCCAGCGAGCCUGCAACAUUUGUGCCCAUGACAUCAUCUAACCAGCAACGUAGCUCUUUCAAGAGCCCUGAACCCCAACAAGUCUCAAGACACAGACAAGGAGAGGGAACUCCAUCUUUGGAAGAUGUGACGGAACAAUACAUCCUGGCUUUGAAUCCACCCGAGGGGUCUUCAGACAUCCCUGCUGAUGGAGCUGUUGUGGAAGGUACCAGCUCUGUUCCUGCAAUGGCCACCAUUGACCCCAAACUGCAGAGGAAGUCCAGUGAUGAGCUGACCCAGGCCCCGCUUAAAACCAAGCCGCAAGUGGAUAUGAGAAGACAUGUCAUGAUGACGCUACUGGACACUGAACAGUCAUAUGUGGAUUCUCUGAGAACACUGAUUCAGAGCUACCUGAAACCACUGAAGCAGCCUGAGAGCUCGCCGCUCUGUGACCCGUCUCUGGUCGACGAGAUGUUCUACCAGAUCCCUGAAAUCCUGGAGCACCAUGAGCUCUUCCUGGAGCAGGUGAUCAGCUGUGUUAAUGACUGGCACGAUCGCCAGACUAUCGGCGACCUCCUCGUACAGUCGUUUUCCAAAGAGGUACUGGCUAACAUUUACUCUGCGUACAUCGACAACUUUUUGAACGCCAAAGAUGCAGUGAGGAUUGCUAAAGAAGCCAAACCUGCUUUCAUGAAGUUUUUGGAGCAAAGUAUGCGAGAGAAUAAAGAGAAGCAAGCUUUGGGUGAUCUGAUGAUCAAACCUGUGCAGCGCAUCCCGCGCUAUGAGCUCUUAGUCAAAGAUUUGUUGAAACACACUCCAGAAGACCACCCGGACCACCCUCACCUGUUGGAUGCUCAGAAGAACAUAAAGCGAUUGGCUGAGAGGAUCAAUAAGGGACGACGUAACGCGGAGGAGGUGGAGCGUGAGACGCGGGUCAUGCAGGAGAUCGAGGCACACAUAGAGGGGGUGGAGCAUAUCCUGAAUCCUCAGAGGAAGUUCCUGAGACAGGAAAUGGUGAUGGAGGCGAAAUCAGUAGGAGGGAAGAAAGAUCGCUCUCUCUUCCUGUUCAGUGAUUUGCUGAUCUGUACGACUCUGAAGAGGAAGUCAGGCUCUUUACGCCGAAGCUCCAUGAGUCUAUAUUCCGCUGCUAGUGUCAUUGACACCUCCAGUAAAUAUAAGUUCCUGUGGAAACUUCCCUUGGAGGAUAUUGAGGUAGUGAAAGGCACAAGUCAGGCCACCAACAGGGAUACAAUCCAGAAAACCAUCAGCCGUCUGGAUGAAGACCUCAGUACCCUCGGCCAAAUCAGCAAGCUAUCAGAGACGCUCAGCUUUCCUCACCAGAGUCUGGACGACGUGAUAAAGGACCUGAUGGCAUCGGUUCACAGGGAAUUAGCAGAGAAACAGUCCCUGGCAUUCAGCAUGACCUUCUUACCCACCAAACUGGAGCUGAGCACAGCGUCUGCAGACAGCACGUUCAUCUUCGAGUUCAGCAGUCCAGAUGCACGCAGCAACUUCGAGCAGGCCUUUGAGGAGGCCAAAAAAAAGCUUGCUAUGAAUAAAGACGAGUGGGACCCUGAGUUCCUGAAAGCCAUCCCCAUUAUGAAGACCCGCAGCGGCAUGCAGUUCUCCUGCGCCUCACCGAGCCACAGCAGCCCGGAGAACGUGUGUGAGGUGUGGGUGUGUAAUAGCGACGGCUAUGUAGGCCAAGUGUGCGUGCUGAGCAUCAGGGCCGAGCCCACGGUGGAGGCCUGUAUCGCCGUCUGCUCUGCACGGAUCAUCUGCAUCGCAGCCGUGCCGGGACUCAAGAGCAGGGAGCGUGUGGAAUCAAGGCACUCUGCCCCUGCUGUACCGUCUAAGUCUGAGUCACUCCCUGUUCCUUCUGUCCAACCUCAGCUUCACAUCUCCAUCUCUCGCUCCUCUCCGGAGCUCAGUGAUCCUCUUGCUCCAACAGCGCAUGAACUUGGGCCUUUUGAAAGCGACGACUCGGAUGAUGAAGACUCACCGAGCCCCUCAUCCACGCUGCAGAGCCAAGCAUCACAUUCCACCAUCUCGUCCAGCUAUGGCAAUGAUGAAGGAGCAGGCUGUAAGGACAUAGUCCCCGAGACUACCAGUUCGGAGGAGGAGCAGGAGUUCUCCAGCGGGUUUGGGCCACAGCGACUGAGCGUCGACAGCCCAAUGGACGGACGCGCCAUGCGCAGAUCUAGCCGGGGUUCCUUCACCCGUGCCAGCCUGGAGGACUUGCUGAGCAUCGACCCGGAGGCCCAUCAGAGCUCAGUGUGGCUGGGCACCGAGGACGGCUGCAUCCAUGUUUACCAGUCUUCAGACAACAUCAGAAACAGGAAGAACAGCAUGAAGAUGCAGCAUGCGGCCUCAAUCUUGUGCAUCCUGUAUCUCGACAACAAAGUCUUUGUGUCCCUUGCUAAUGGUGAAGUGAUUGUUUAUCAAAGGGAAGCAGGGAGUUUCUGGGAUCCUCAGAGUUCUCAGACGCUAUGUUUGGGUUCCCCGAGCGGCCCUGUCACUAAGAUGGUCCCAGUGGCGGGGAAGCUGUGGUGCGGCUGUCAGAACCGGAUUCUGAUCAUCAACACCAGCACUUUAACACAAGAGCACUCGUUUGCAGUGGGCCAGGACAGCGGGCGGUGUGUGACCUGCAUGGUGAGCUAUGGUCAGGGUGUGUGGGUGGCUCUGCAGGGCAGCGCGCAGGUUCGUCUGUACCACUCCACCAGCUAUGAGAGCAUCUUUGAGGUGGACGUGGCACCUGCUGUUCACAAGAUGCUCGCAGGCUCGGAUGCCAUUAUCCGCCAGCACAAGGCUGCAUGUCUGAGGAUCACAGCUCUCCUGGCCUGUAGAGACGUGUUGUGGAUUGGGACGAGUGCCGGGGUAGUGCUCACUCUGCCAGUCCCACCUGUAACCUCCAAUGUAGGGACAGGACCUUUGCGCACUCCACUCAUGCCCACUGGCUCUGCGCACGGCCACACCGGCCACGUCCGCUUCCUCACCUCCAUUGAGCUGCCUGAGGGUUUUGAUGUUCACUUUCCCUCCCAGGCAGAGUCAGAGCUGAGUAGUGAUGGAGGAGUGCAGCAGCACCGGUCCUCCACCCUCCUCACAGGUAAGUCCACUCUGCUGGUGAUCAGCGGUGGAGACGGAUACGAGGACUUCAGGCUGAACAGCAGUAGCGAGACAGUCGGACGAGACGACAGCACCAACCACCUGCUGCUGUGGCGUGUGUGAGAGGCUUCACCCACUCCAUAUCAAGCCCCCGUGCCAUGAAACCAGGCUCCGGCCCCUUUCUGGCAGCGUGCUGCUCAAGCCUCUGAACCCUGCUAUCUCUGUGCACGAGUAUGACAGAAACUGAAAGGGUCAUUUCUAUCAUUUUCUUUGUUUCGUCUUGUAAUCAGUCAUCGAGUUGUACUCUCUGUGUGCCACAUGGUGUAAGAAGUGAAUCUCGUGCUGCUUGUGGUGUUUCCCAGUGGGAUAUAUUCGUGUAGCGUGACGCCAAUCUACAGAGAAGAGAUCACUGGAUGGAGAAUGAAGGAGAAAAAGAACAUGAUGUGUGAAACAACUGCAAUGUGGAAAAGGGCUCAAAGCUGAUAUUAUUCUGCUAAACAGAGAGCAUAACUGAACGAAGAAUAGAGCAGAGAGAAUCUUACAGAUCUAAAGACACUGAGAUGAAUGAAGACAUUGGAACGAUUUUUUUGGACACUAAAGACGACUGGAUAUCUCUUGAGUGUUUUCUGUCCUGCCCCUCUUUAGAGAACGAUGGAUGAUGGACUCGUUUACACACAGCGUGAUCAACUACUGCUCCGUCACACUGUGAUCGCGUUCUUGAACAACAAGGUUUUGUCUCGAGCUCCACAAGUGGGAGCGAUACGAGAGUUCGUCUGUACCUAACCAAUGUGCAAUAUAAAGCUAGGGUAUCUACUUAAGACUAUAUUAUAUAUACACACACUCAUACAUGCACACCAACUAAAGCCACACACUUAACCCACCCUACCCCUUUUCCACCACCACAGUGCAGUUGGUUCAGGGAUUUUAAGAAAUGGCCUGAGUUUCCACCAGAUUAAGACCUGAAGUGUUGCGUAAAUUAAAAUAACAUAAAAAAGACAAUGUUAGGUGUGCGUACUUCUGAGUCAAAUCCAUCCAAACCCUUUAGCUAGUAUAGAUAACAAUUACAUUCAAAAAACGAAACCUACGUGUGUUUGUGUCUUGCAUUAUUUUCAGUGUGAUUAUUAUUAUGAUUAUUUUCUGCUCAGACCAAUGAUUAAUUGUGGCAAUAUCCUUUUGUGCUAUUUUUCCCCAACAGUAAUUUUCUUAUAGGUUUAAAUCUAGAACUCAAAAAUAGUUUGUCUUUCUGGGUAAACCUUUAAAAGAUCUUUAAGAACCUCUUAUGUAUCAAAGAGACUUCCAAGUAGAACCAUUUUAGGAAGCAAAAAAAAAAAAAAAGAACUGUUGAGGAACCUGCUUUUUUCAGAGUGCACCAUCAUCUCCUUUGUUGAACAUGUAAAUAACUUGAGUUGCACAGGUUUGUUUCCAUCGUGAUAAAGCGGCUCUGCCCCCAAGCUCCUGCUUCUUGGUUCCAAUCUAGCAGCAUUUAGUUGAGUCUGCCAGCUGAGAACCAGCUCUUUUGCAGUGGAAAUACGCAGAAUGGUUAAAGAUUAGGAUCUAGCACUGCGUUGGUGGAAAUAGUUCUAAACAGUUCUGUUCUAAUCCUUAUCGUCAUAUUGUCACAAUCACAGCCCACUUCUUUCCAUAUCACCACACUAUUCUUUCUGUUGUCCAGUUAUUGUUUUUGUGUCCUUUUUUCCUUUUUAUUAUGGAGUCCAGUAGGUCAUAUAAAGGAGCAGCCAAUAUGGCUGUUGUGGUGAAAUUGUGUACAGUAUUUAUGUUUUUGAUUUUAUUUUACAGCACUUAAUUUAUAAAGACUUCUCUUCUGUUACCUAAAAAGGUGAAGCUGGAUGGCUCAUUCAUGCUACUUUGUGGUUCUGUUCAACCGUACACAUGUCUCUUACACACACAAAAGAAAAAUUCAAGCACAUUUUCAUAAUAGAUAAUACAUCACAAUAUUUAGGUUCGAGUGUCAACGAACUGAUAGUACCAUAUUUAUAGAAAGAACGAAAUAUGAAAAAAGGAAGGACUCGACUAAAAAGUGUUGAGUGUGUUGAAGGCAUCUACACAGAAUCAAACCACACCACUUUUUGCAUGAGCUGAGUUUUAACACUGUUGUUUACAUCAUGCAUUCCUUAACACCAGCAUUAAGCAUUGUUUUUGGUAGUUUAGCUGAAGAAGGAUCAAGUUUAUUUGUUGAAUUUGCACGUUCUGCGUCAUCGGCUUAGAAAGCACUCACACAGGAAGUCCCAGAGGUAAUAGUGCAGUAACAUUAUAGCAGAAGACAGCAGAAAAACAAGUAGCAACGUGUGCACAGUAUAAACGUAGUGCACUAACAAUUUUUUAAUUUCCCUGGCUGGGAAAUUCAGCAAAAUGUAUGCACUAUAAAUGCCUCUAAUAUGUACUCGAUGCUCUGAAAGGUGAGGUGCAAAAUACUGGAACUUUGCACUCAAUGGUUAGACCCUGCUUUACAUAGCAAGAGUAGAGUGGAGAAAUCUGAGGGUGUUGUGGUGUAAAUUAUUGAAAAUCAAUGCAAAUUAAUGGAAAAGGUUUGAGCAUUUGGAGGUUUGAAGUCAGUAGGUGUUCCUGUGGUCUUGUCAAGUACAUAGUAUGAGAUUUGAGACUCCAUAAUAUCUCAAAACAAAACAAGGCAAAUAAAGCUCACAUCUCUCAUUUUAAUGCACGGAAUUAAAAAUAUAUAUAUAUAUAUUAUUUAACAACAAGAAAAAUGAAUACUUUUUGAUAAAAGUUUUCUCCAGUGUCAGCACUUUGGAACAGUAAGUUUUCCACCACAGGAAAGUCUUCAUGCUGAAGUUUUUUGUCUUAUUAACUUCAAGGGAGAGCUUUUAAAAAUAAUAAUAAUAAUAAGACUGGCGAGGGAAUGAUUAUUUAUAUCUGUUACAACAUAAGUGAUCAUAAAAUGAGAAAUAAUAAGUUCAAUAAUAAGUUAGAAAUUUGUCAACAUUGGCAAAUUGCUGUGGUACAAGAGGAAUAACACACUCCAGGACAUAUUGUUAUAGGAAAUUUGAUAUAGAUUAUUUUCCUGUAACAGCACACUCCAUCAUGCCAUGUUUUAUUCCUUAAAAAUCAGUCUUUAUCUGCUCAUUGUUUAUAAACAAUACCGGAACUAUAUUGACUGCUGAUCUUCUCAGUAACUUCCUAUUAUUUCUGACACACAGAGUAGUGCAUUACAGACUGAAAGUGUAGAAACAAGUUUCAGAAACCGUUUACAAUUAGGACAAUUUGCCAAAUAACCUGACAUUUAGUCAGGUGUACUACAUGGAAAAAAAAUUUGGGUAUUGGAUUGAGAUCCUGUGGGAGUAACAUGAGUGUUUACUGCAUCCCAUGAGUCACUUUUGAAGACCCCCUGGAAUGUCUUCACGCCAGUAAUUAUUGAAAUUUCAGGAAUGUUCUUGAAUUUGUCUGGUUGCCUUUAAAGAUAAAGAAAGAGAUCCGAACCACGUUGCUGCAGACGUUUAGUUCUGUUCUUAAACAUAUUGUCUUGUAUCACUCACAGUAGAAAGAACUAAUGUUUAGUUAUUGUGCUUCCAUAUUUUUUUCAUGUAAUAUAUGUGGCGGCCUGGGAACAAUGUUUCUGACCUGACUUUUUUUUUCUUUUUCUUUUUUUGUUUUUUCUUUUUUUUUGCAUAAAUCUGAAGCAGAUGUAAAGUGACAGAGUUUCAUUCCAACAAGGACAUAGACAUUUCUUACAGCCGUUAUCUCAUUACAUGCUUACUGUAAGCGAUUAGGUUUAUUUCGAUUUCACUAUGGCGCAUAACUAUCCAACAACUUUACCAAAUUGUGACAUUCUCUGUGUGAGGAAAUCACACUUAGCUUGCAAGGCUUUUAGACAUCUUUAAACAGACUAACUGAUUUUACCACUGCGUCUCCUUACCCAAUGUGAUCUUUGUAUCUGAGUUUUCCCAGACCACUACACACACACACACACACACACACACACACACACACACACACACACACACACACAUACACACACACACACACACACAUAUAGAUAUAUAAGAAUCCAGAGAAAUACUUUCAUAUGUUGUGCAAGCGAAAUACUUUUUCUUUGGAAUUCAUAUUUCUCUAGAAAUCAACAUAUAUUUCUGUGGAACAAAAUAACUUGCCCAAAACAUACCUUGGAAGCGUCAUUUUUCUAACAGGUCCUUUUAAAUACCGUCUGUGUUUUAUUGUUCUGCAUUUUAAACUUCAAUUUCAGUUUGUUUUCGGCAGGAGAUGAAAGGAAAGAGAAAGAGCGAGCACUCUCUUCCCACAGGAUAUAACAAAAAGCAGCACAAACUACAUAUAUUUUAUUCCAACCGCUGACCGACAGCAAUAUGUGACAAAAAAGGUUUUGACUCUAAAGUGAUGGUCUGUGUAUAUGCCUGUAUAGAAACUUUGAACUUUAGCUUUGCAUCACUGAUCACAUCUGGGAAAAACCUCAUUCUCACUGAUCUGACUGGCAGUAAUAUAAGAAUUGAGAGCAGAUACCACACCGACGGAGGUACCGUCUCAUUAUCUCGGCUUGAAUGGAGUGCCAGUUGGCUGUUUAUUUAGCAAACACUUGCUCUGUGAGAACAUGCGUGUGUGUUUUUAAUCAUGCGGGUUUGCGCACAUUGUUAUCCAUGCUGGUUAUCUGCGUGUAAUCUUUGGUCACGGCUGAAUGCUUUGUGUGUGUGUGUGUGUGUGUGUGUGUGUGUCAUUCUCAUUCCACUUUCAGCAAUAUAAUUCUGAUUUCAACACAAACGCACACACAUGCACACAUUAAAUCGGUCACUAUAUUUAUUCCCGUCACAAUAUUUGCUGUUAUGAUGUUUUCGUUCACAGUAGAACAUUUGAACUGGUGUGAAUAUUUUGGUCAGAUUUGAAUGUCUUGAGUGUUUUGCAUGUACUGGUUUUACUGAGUGACAAAUUUGUUCAGCCAGUCUGGAAGACAAUAAUGUAACAUCACUAUUAGUCUUUCUUUUGUUGGUACCCUCAGCUUGGUGUAGGUAGUGUUUAUCACUUAAAACUGCUUUAAUCUACACAAUAUAAUGCAUCAAAAACAUUAGAUAAUCAACCCAUCUACUUAGAUAGUGUACUAUGCUUAACACUGGGGACAGUGUGGCUUAGUGGUUAACACAUUUGCCUCGCACCUUCAGGGUUGGGGGUUGGAAUCCCACCUCGAAUCCCUGUGUUUUGGGGGUUUCUGCCGGGUAGUGCGGUUUCCACCCCUAGUACAAAGACAUGAAUUGUAGGCUGGUUGGCAUUUCCAAAUUGUCUGUGUUGUGUGUGUGAUUGUUCCCUGCAAUGGGUUGGCACCCCAUCCAGGGUGUCCUUCGCUUCAUGCUCCGAGUUCCAUGGGAUAGGCUUCAGGUUUCCCCACGACCCCCUUACGAUAAACGGUACAGAAAAUGGAUGGAUGGAUGGAUGGACUAUGGAUGGACUAUACCAGCAUUGCCUGCAAACUAAUUAGCUCUAGGGAUGCAUCAGAUUGCCGUCUUUUGUUAAUUAGCGCGACAACAUACACUAGGCUUACACUAGUCAUAUAGUAUCAUGAGGUAUUAGCUGCUGGUACCUGAGCAUUUUUUAACAGUACAAAUAAAAGACCAUGGUACUGGACUGAUCCAUCCCUGCUUACCUUGGCUAACAUUAACGUUACCUCUAAAGUUACCCGAAUACCUAGCUAAUGUUGCGUCAAAAGUAGCCAAGUUUGCUAGCCAGACAGCUAGCGUUAGGUAAACUAUUAUACUGUGUAAAGAAUUACUGCGGUGCAGUGGGUAGCAUUCCCACUUCAAAGCUGGUGUGUCCUCAGUUCUCAAGCUCUGGUUACUCUCUUUAUGGAGUUUUGCGUGUUCUCUGCAUGUCUUUCUGCUUGUCCAGUUUUCUCCCACCUCUCAAAAACAUGUCAGUACGUGGAUUGUUUAUGCUAAAUUGCCCCCAAGUGUAAAGUUGUGUCCGGUGUAUAUUCCCAUCUCAUCCCAGUGUUCCUAGGCUCCAGAGCCACCAUGACCCUUACCAGGAUAAAGUGGUUAAUGAAGAUGAAUGAAUGAAUUGUAUUGUGUAAUUAACACUAGCCAAGUCACCUAACAAGCUAGCUAACAUUUAAGUAAUCUGUUAUUGGUUGAUGUUAUAUUAUCAAGUUUCCGAUUGGCUGAACCAUUUUAACUUAACCUAUUAAAUUCCCAGGAGCCAUCUCUCUUGGAACUACACACAUUUUGCUAUUAGUUUGAGUGUUGUUACUGAAGAAAUCCUAGUACUUACUGAAUCAUAUGCUUUAAGAUAAAGAACUGAAUAAUAUUCUGAGAUUUUAAGGAGUUAAGCUCUACCCCUAUCAAAUAGGGAUGACUAUCACUUUGCAAAAUCUGUGUGUGUGUGUGUGUGUGUGUGUGUGUGUGUGUAUGUGUGAAAGCUGCCAGCUUUGUAUAGAUGCUAGUGUUACAAACAUGUGUUUUGGUGUGUUGUAUCUCCACAUAUGGAAAAAACACACUAUAGGGCUGAUGAUUUUGUGGCAUUUAUAAGAAUCGUUUGCUUUAUUUCACACAGUGAACAUGUCUAGAGAAGCAUAUUUUCAUAUGAUAGCACAUAAACGAGCAGAAAGUCCAUCAGAUCCGUAACUCCAGUGUGUUUGUAAGUAGCCUUCCAGCCAUUUUUUUGUGAAGGAAGUCAUUGUGUUUAUUGUAAAUUUGGAUAUAUUGCCUUUUUUUCUGUACAUAGUGCUCUGUCUACAAUUGUUGAUAUGAAUCUGAUGGCAUAUUUUUUAUAUACUUGUUCAAGUUGUCUGUUCCCUCCCCCACCCCCCCUUCAGCAUGUCCCUCUGUGCUGCCAUAUUUAAAUAACUGUCGUAUUUUAGAAGAAGUGUCUCGCCUCUCUGCAGCUCCUGUUCCAAUCCUCAUGGUCUCUUCACUGCUUUUCCUCUGUAUGGUUCUUGUGGGUUUCUUUGCCAUUAAAAAUGAUCACUGGUUGCCAGAUCAUCUGGUCUUACAUGAAUCAUUUCAGAAUUUAAAAAUGCAUAUGCAGCUCUCUUUCAGAGGCACUAAAUCACACAUCUCCAUAACAACUGUGGUACAGAAUAUACAUUUAAAGGCUUAGGUAAUGUAACACACUGCUAUUUAAAGCUGUUUGGAUAUAACACAAUGUGAUUCAGAAGCCAUGCUUCCUUUACUGGGACUGAUGCACAGAGCAACAUAAAAGGGUGGAAAGAGAGCGAGAGAACAAGAAACACAAAAUGCCAAACAGAAUCCAUUUGAUAAAACUUUGGUAACUUUACAUUAAGGUUCCCUUAACUAAUAUUAAUUAUUUUAUUACCCAACCAUGAACUUCCACAUUAAUAAACCAUACAUAAUGUUAACAAAGUAAGCAAACGUGUAAUUGACAGUUGUUUAAAUUUUACAGUUGAGGCCAAAAGUUUGCGCACACCUAAGCUAAAGACAUUUCAAACUAAAUUUUUUCACAACUGCACACAUUUCCUGUGUUAAGUCAGUUCUGAUGUCUACGAGGUCAGUUCAAAAUAAUAGCAAAGAGACAGAUUUAUUUCAGCUUUUAUUUACUUCAUUAGAUUUUCAGUGGGUCAAAAAUGUACAAACACCUUGUAGUAUUUGGUGACAUUGCCUUUUAAUUGCUUGAACUUGAAUAAAACACUUGAAGUAGCCUUCCACAAGCUCUUCACAAUACUUUGCUGGAAUGUUUGCUCAUUCCUCCCAACAGUGCUGGUGUAACUCAGUCAGGUUUGUGGGCUCCUUGUUCAAACAUGCUCUUUCAGUGUUAGACUGAGUUUUACCGUUCUGCCUGAUGUCAUGAGGUGUUGCUUCAGUAUGUCUAAAUCCUUCUUCCUAGAUGUCAUCUAUUUUCUGAAGUGCACCAGACCAUUUUCCAGCAGAACACUCCCACAACAUGAUGCUGCCACCCCCAUGCUUCACAGUUGAGAUGGUGUUCUUUGGAUUAAAAGUCUGGCCAAAGCAGUUCAGUUUUUGUUUGCUCUGACCAGAGAACACUCCUCCAA